AUGCGUGACAGCUCGAGAAAAAUAGUCUUCCUCAAUACCCGCAAACCGGAGCAACGUUAUAAAGUGUUGAAGUUUACUGAAGACGGUCAAGCAGCUGAUAUAAAUAAGACUGGAGGCUUACCAUCAGUACUUGAAAUAUUUGUAGGAGCAAAAGUAAUGUUGCGGUCCAACAUUGACGUUACAAAAGGAUUGGUAAAUGGUGCUAUAGGCCACAUUACAGAAAUUGUUUGGCCUCAGUUCCGUCGAACCCAAAUGUACGAAACAGAUGUACCAUCAGUUUGGAUUGACGGCAUACACGUUAUACACCCGAAAGCCAUACAGUUUCCAGCAAAAUUCAAUUAUGGUACGGCUGAAAGAAGGAUGUUACCCUUAAUUUUGUCAUGGGCAUCCACCGUCCAUAAAAUGCAGGGCAGCACAGUCGACCAUGCAGUAGUGUAUUUGGGCUCAAAAUUGUUUGAGGAAGGGCAAGCAUACGUGGCUCUAAGUUGA